UACGUCACACAUUGUUCUGAAUUUUGUGUUCCGUUAAAAUUACUGCCUUGCAAACUGUACAGAUAAUAAUGCCGAAAAGAAAGUUUAUCAUAGAUUGUGAUACAGGAGUUGACGAUGCUGUUGCUCUGAUUCUUGCCCUCAAUCAAGACGACAUCGACGUUGUUGCAAUCACGUGUGUUGGAGGAAAURCUGGACUCGAUCAGGUAGCAAUCAACGUUAUGAAAGUACUGGAAGUUUGUAAAAGGACUGAUGUUCCAGUGUAUAAAGGAGCUGGGAAACCUUUAAUUAACUUUCAUAAGGAAGUGGGGGCCUCUCACUUUCAUGGUAAAGAUGGACUUGGUGAUGCCAAAGACAUACCAGAACCAGACAUGUCCAAACUUCGACCAGAGCAUGCAGUAGAYGUCAUUAUAAAGCUAGCAAAGGAAAACCCAGGGGAAAUAACUYUAGUAGCRUUAGCUCCCCUCACCAAUAUAGCCCUAGCAUGCCGCAUGGACCCUAACUUUGCUAAGAAUAUCAAGAAUGUGGUUAUCAUGGGAGGAAACUGUGAAUCCAAAGGCAAUGACAAAAGGGUGUGCUCAGAAUUYAAUUUCCACAGUGAUGYGGAAUCAGCAUUGGUUUGCCUAAAUGAGCUCCAGCAUCCCGUUUCUAUAGUAACAUGGGAAACCUGUUUAAAGCAUGGAAUAUCCUGGUCAAGGUAUGAUGAGUUAGCUGGCAUUCCCUCUGAAAAAUCCAGGUUUUUUGAGAAAAUAACC